CGGGAGUUUAAAGCGGUGUGUGUUUGCUGAAGAUGCGGGUUUGUGCCGUGUUCGUGUCGGUUCCACGCAGCGCUGAGACUGAGACGCCGGAGAGACAGGACACUCCGCUCCUCUGAUCUCACCCUGGAGGAAGUGAGCUAGCGCCGACCGCCGCGCUAGCAGGCUAAACUCAUUAGCAACGGAUUAAAUCACCCGCUGUCUGUCAUUCCAAUCUGUCUCUGGACUCGACUUUACCUAGAGGGACAAACAUGUCUGCCGGGGAGAAACUAUCGGCGCGGUUCGACAAGAUCGACGCCAUGCUGAGGGACCCCAAGUCCGAGAUCAACACCGACUGUCUGCUGGACGGUUUGGACGCGCUGGUCUACGACCUUGAUUUUCCUGCCCUAAGGAAGAACAAGAGCAUCGACAACUUCUUAAGCAGAUAUAAGGACACGAUCAGUAAGAUCCGGGAUCUGCGGAUGAAAGCUGAUGACUACGAGGUGGUGAAGGUGAUCGGCAGAGGAGCGUUUGGAGAAGUGCAGCUCGUGAGACACAAGGCCAGCAGUAAAGUGUACGCUAUGAAGCUUCUCAGUAAGUUUGAGAUGAUAAAGCGCUCUGACUCUGCGUUUUUCUGGGAGGAGAGAGACAUCAUGGCCUUCGCCAACAGCAACUGGGUUGUACAGCUGUUCUACGCCUUCCAAGACGACCGGUACCUCUACAUGGUGAUGGAGUACAUGCCUGGAGGAGACCUGGUCAACCUGAUGAGCAAUUACGACGUCCCCGAGAAGUGGGCUCGCUUCUACACCGCCGAGGUGGUGCUGGCGCUCGACGGCAUCCACUCCAUGGGCUUCAUCCACAGGGACGUAAAGCCUGACAACAUGUUGCUGGACAAAACGGGCCACUUAAAGCUGGCAGAUUUUGGCACCUGCAUGAAAAUGAACAAGGACGGCAUGGUACGAUGUGACACGGCGGUGGGAACUCCAGACUACAUUUCUCCAGAGGUACUGAAGUCUCAGGGUGGAGACGGCUACUACGGCCGAGAGUGUGACUGGUGGUCUGUGGGGGUUUUCCUCUACGAGAUGCUCGUUGGGGACACGCCAUUUUACGCCGACUCUCUGGUGGGAACCUACAGCAAAAUCAUGAACCAUAAGAAUGCCCUGACGUUCCCUGACGACAGUGACAUCUCUAAAGACGCCAAAAGCCUCAUCUGCGCCUUCCUCACAGACAGGGACGUGCGGUUAGGGCGCAACGGAGUGGACGAGAUCAAGCGGCAUGCUUUCUUCAAGAACGACCAGUGGACCUUCGACAGCAUCCGCGACACGGCUGCCCCGGUGGUGCCGGAGUUAAGCAGCGAUAUUGAUACGAGUAAUUUUGACGACAUCGAGGAGGACCGGGGAGACGAGGAGACCUUCCCCAUUCCCAAAGCCUUUGUAGGGAAUCAGCUUCCAUUUGUGGGCUUCACCUACUACAGCGGUCGCAAGUUCUCUCAAGGAAUGAGCACAAAAACCAGCAACAAGUGCGAAAGCAAUGCUAAAGAGGACAAGAGCCAGCUGGAGAAUCUGAUGAAGAAAAUCCACCAGCUGGAGGAGCAGCUUCAUGCAGAGAUGCAGCUCAAGGACGAGAUCGAGCAGAAGUGCAGGACCUCCAACACCAGACUAGACAAAAUCACAAAAGAGCUAGAAGAAGAGCGUACUGGGAGGAAAAGUGCAGAGGCCAGUGUGUCCCUGCUGGAGAAGGACAAGCUGAUGAUGCAGCACAGAAACACCGAGUACCAGAGGAAAGCAGAACAGGAGGGAGAGAAGAGACGCAAUCUCGAGAACGAGGUUUCCUCUUUAAAAGAGCAACUGGAGAACAUGAAGAAGCUCAGCCAGAACACACAGGCUUCCAGUGAUAAGAUCACCCAGCUGCAACACCAGCUCGAAGAGGCCAACGACCUGCUGCGGGCUGAGUCGGACACGGCGGCUCGACUAAGGAAAAGUCAGACGGAGAUUGCGAAGGCCAUGAGUCAGCUGGAGUCCCAGAACGGAGAGUUGCAGGAGAAGUGCAGGGCGGCUGACGACGGCAGGAGACAGCUAGAGAGAGAACUGCUGCAGCUGCAGAACAAGCUGGACACUGAGAGACGGACGUGCAGCCAGGGAUCUGAGGAGAUCCGUCAACUAGAGGCUCGCAUUAUGGGGCUUCAGGAGGACAACAAGAACCUGAAGCAGAGUAUUUCCAAGAUGGAGACGGAAAGAAAGCAGGCACAGGAGAGAAACAACGUUUUGGAAAAGGAGAGAAACAGUAUGGAAAUCGACCUAAACUAUAAGCUGAAGAUCCUGCAGCAGCGCUUGGAUCAGGAGAUAACUGAGCACAGAAGCACCCGAGCUCAGCUCGCUGAUAAAUAUGAGUCCAUUGAGGAGGCCAAAUCUGCCGGCAUGCACGCGAUGGAGCAGAAGAUGUCGGAGGAGGGCGUGCUCCGCCUGCGGGCAGAGAGUCGAGUGGUGGAGGUGGAGAAGCAGUGCUCCAUGCUGGAGUUUGACCUCAAGCAGUCCGUCCAGAAGAUGGAGCAGCUCAUGAAGCAAAAGGACAGGCUGGAGGAUGAGGUGAAGUCUCUGCGUGUUCAGCUGGAGCAGGAAUGUGGAAAGCGGGCGAUGGUUCAGAACGAGUUGAAGAAUUGGAGCGGUGAAGCUGAAAGGCUGAGAGGAACGGAGAAGCAGCUGAAGCAGGAGAUCAAUGCAGCGUUGGAGACCAAACGCUCCCUCGAGUUCCAGCUUGCUCAACUCAGCAAGCAGUAUAGAGGGAAUGAGGGUCAGAUGAGGGAGCUGCAGGACCAGCUGGAGGCCGAGCAGUACUUCUCUACACUCUAUAAGACUCAGGUGAAGGAGCUGAAGGAGGAACUGGAGGAGAGGAACCGGCUGGUCCAGGAGGUCCAGAGAAAGGUGCAGGAGAUGCACAGUGAAAGGGAAUCUCUGAUGGCUCAGCUGGACCUGACGGUGACGAAGGCUGAGUCGGAGCAGCUGGCGAGAGUGCUGCAGGAGGAGCAGUACUUUGAGCUGAGCCAGGAGAGCAAGAAGAGGUUAACACAACACAAACAGGAGCUGAUGGAGAGGGAAUCGACUAUAGCGCGGCUUGAGGAAUCCAACAAAACUCUGACCAAAGAUGUGGAGAACCUCAGCAGGGAAAAAUCCGAGCUUGGCGAUAAGCUCCAAUCUCAGCAGGAUGUGUUUGAAUCCCAGAGAGAAGAAAUUUCAAACGCCAUCAAGGCCAACUACGAGAAGAUCCUCUACACGGAACGGACACUCAAGACGCAGGCGGUAAACAAACUGGCGGAGAUCAUGAACCGCAAGGACAUGAAGCUGGACCAGAAGAAGCGCGGCAGCACCACGGACCUGCGCAAGAAGGAGAAGGAGAACCGCAAACUGCAGCUGGAGCUCAACCAGGAGAAGGAGAAGUUCAACAGCAUGGCCAUCAAAUACCAGAAGGAGCUCAGCGAGAUGCAGGCGCAACUAGUGGAGGAGAGCACGUACCGCAACGAGCUGCAGAUGCAGCUGGACAGUAAAGAAAGCGACAUCGAGCAGCUCCGAGAGAAACUGAACGACCUGCAGCUGCGCAUGGAGAACACCAGCGUGACGAGUCUGCAGACGGACGAGACCGACAGCAACACUGCAGAAUCAAGAUUGGAAGGGUGGCUCUCCAUUCCAAACAGAGCCAAUAUCAAACGAUACGGGUGGAAGAAGCAGUAUGUUGUAGUGAGCAGUAAGAAGAUCCUGUUCUAUAAUGACGAGUUGGAUAAAGAGCAGUCCAAUCCCUCCAUGGUGCUAGACAUCGACAAACUCUUCCAUGUGCGCCCGGUAACCCAGGGUGAUGUUUAUCGUGCGGAGUCAGAAGAAAUCCCCAGAAUAUUUCAGAUACUGUACGCUAACGAGGGCGAAUGCCGGAAAGAAGUGGACAUGGAGGCCAUUCCUCAAGGCGAAAAAGCAAACUGCCUGCCUCACAAAGGGCACGAGUUCAUCCCAACACUCUACCACUUCCCCUCAAACUGCGAGGCCUGCUCCAAGCCACUGUGGCACGUUUUCAAACCACCGCCUGCACUCGAGUGCCGUAGAUGCCACGUCAAAUGCCACAAAGACCACCUGGACAGAAAGGAGGACGUCAUCGCGCCAUGCAAAGUGAACUACGAUGUGACAUCGGCACGCGACAUGCUCCUGCUAGCGCUUACCCAGGAUGAGCAGAAGAAAUGGAUCGGCCAUCUUGGCAAGAAGAUUCCCAAAACACCUCCUUCUACCUUCUCUCGGGCUUCCCCUCGCAACGUGAGCACUCGCUCAGGGGUUAAUCAGUCGUUCCGCAGAAACCCUAAAAACACUGGAAAGCCCAGCUAACCACCUGAAUCUUCUCUCUGAAACAUUGGGACUCCUCAAUUGGGACUUUGUAGAUCACCGAUUAACAAAUAAAUUGAUUAAUGAAUAAGUAAAACUUUAAACAAGAGCAUUUAAAGCUAAAUAAAGGAAUUCCAUCUAAAUCAGCGUUUCACACCGGGAUGGAGAAGCUGGUGGGAGAAAUGGCUCGUCCACCAGGAUCCUGAUGGAGCUCAUCUUCACAGCUUUGAGGAACUUUAAACAGGAUCCGUAAUAAAAGGUUCUUUAUGUGUAGGGGGUUGGGGGGGGCGGGAAGAAGAGUCGACUGUAAAUUGGCGAUGAUUGAAACCUUGGCCUGGUGGACUUUUGUGGCCUUACUGUUCCUGCCAGGAACGGCAAUAAAUUAACAUGGGGCAAUAAUCUAGACGGAGUACUGGGUACUGAGUAUUAGUCUUUUUUUUUUUCUUUUUUUUUUUGAGGAGCAUGCAAGAUCAUCAACAAUCUAUGCAUAUUGUUAUUAUUACUAUUCUAAUAAUUAUCAUUCUGGUUGUUAUCAAGUCCUUGGCGCCGCAGGAAUUCCAGCGGGAUGGCUGAAGGAUGAAGCGUUUUAAGCGUUUCCAUCGACCUUGUUUAUUUGUUUUUUGGGUACAUUUAUUUCUGAAAUGUUUUCUCUGUAAUGUUUUAUAUUUUUUUUUGGUAAUGUAUUGCCUUACAUUUGAUUCCUAGAUGAAUGGUUGGGCACCAACAAAAAAAAAAAGGAAAAAAAAAGAGAUAAAAACAUUAAGUUAACAAAUGUAAAACUGCACUGUUUGAAUUGUAAGUUAUUUGUAGAAGACUAAAACAGGUGUAACGUUCAGCCCACCGAGUGCCUUAGCGACUUUCCAGACCCAUUUUUACUGCCAUAUCUGUUUGUGUUCUGCUUCCACAUGGAAAUCCUAACCGUUGUUUUUUUUUUUUAAGGAGAAAUAUAAGACGUGUAUAUCAUCCACCUUGUGGUUUUAUCAGGAUGGGCUGUCGCAUAUCGAAUGCGCUGUUCAGUAGAAGCUCCAGGUUUAGCGGUUUUCGAGGCUGCGCUCUUGGGUGGAGGCGACGUCGGGAGUACACUUGUGCCGAUAUUAAUCUUUUAUAAACUUAAUAUUGGUAUUUAUUCAUUACUCUUAGGACAUUCAUCCCACCUGCAGAGAGCUUCGUUGACUCCAAGUAUUAUAUUGACGACUCCAAAGCUUAAAUACUAGCAAUAUAAACAUGUAUAUGUAACAUAUAACCGAUUUACUGUCACGUUCCUGCGGUUGCUACAAAGGCACUGUUUUGUGUUUGUUUUUUUUCCCCCUCUCCUUACAGAGGCUCAAACUGGGACCACAGUUUUUAUUUUCCAAUUUAAAGAACCUGAUGUUGUACACAGAUUAGCAUUUUCCUUUGCUAGCAGUUCAUUGAGAGAUUGACAUGAGUUCACAGAGGCGGAGCUUAAGUCAAUCCCAGUCAUACACAUCGUAUGACAUCACCACUAUACUUUUGUUCCUCCGUAUUCACUUCCUAAGCGCAAUCUAGUGCAUAGAAUAAAAUGAACAGGUACAACGCAUAUAUGUAAAUAUAUAUAAAUGCAUAGCUAGCUAGCUAACUUAAUGCUUAACUGCGGUAGUUAGCUAAGGUUACCAUAAAUGUUAACGUUGCUCUUAAGCUGCAAGGUAAAUUUCUCAGCUAUUGCAUUGAUACUAACGUAAUGUCAAAACCAGCAAAGCAGAAAAGUGUUUGUGAUGAUGUCACACGAUCCUGUUUCUGAUUGGUUGAUCGCGUUUACCUCGGGAUGCCUCUGAACAGUGUAAAGAGAGACAAACUCGUUCGAUCUCCGUCAUCUCAGUAAACUUGUAAUCCCUCCCCCGCUUUACCUGGACAAAGCCUCAUUUUGUUUUUGUUUUUUUGUUUGUGUUUUAUUUUGUCCCUCACUCGUCGCCCAACAAAGCAGAGAUCAUGAAUACCUCCGGAGUUAUUCGCUGCGUCUUUUAGGUUAAAUGUGUUCAGUUAAAUGAAGCACUGGAACUAUGGUGGUUAUCUACUUGGAUAAAAAACUGCAUGUUUAAUUAGGUUUGGAGGCCGCACUGAUGGAUGUGUGUCAAUAAACAGUAUCUUUAUCACCUA